AUGCCAGACCUCCCCCUCCGCAUCCUCACCUACAACAUCAGACACUACACCCCCGCCCCCUUCAAAGGCGAACUCCCCUGGAAAGACCGCGCCCAGCCCCUGAUCAACCAACUCCGCCACAUCACGCACGGCCACGCCGACGCCAUCGUCUGCCUGCAGGAAGUCUUCCACAACCAACUCGACGACAUCGUCGCAGGGAUCAACGCCAACACCUCCGACCCAUGGAGCUACAUCGGCGUCGGCCGCGACGACGGCCACCAAGCGGGCGAGUACUCGCCCAUCUUCUACCGCGCGUCGCAGUGGACGCCCCGGUUCACGAAGACGAUCUGGUUGUCUGAGACACCCGGCGUGCCGUCUAAGGGAUGGGACGCGGACUCGAUCCGACUGGCGACCAUCGCGGUGCUGCAUCACCGCGCCUCGGGACGGAGUGUCCUUGCUGUGAACACGCAUCUCGACGAUCAGGGCAGUCGUGCGCGGGUUGAAGGCGCGCGGCUCAUUCUCCGCACGGUGAGCACAUGCCGUGGUGGUGAAGGGGGCGUAUGCGCGGAGAGUAUCAGUGGGGUGUUUGUCGCUGGGGACAUGAACAGCGAGGAGCACCAGGAGGCGUACGUGGCGUUCACGACGGAGGGUCAGAAAGGCGAAUCGGAGCUGGUGGAUGCGGCCAAGAUGGUGCCGGUGGCGGAGCACCACGGGAAUCGGAUUACUUGGACGGGGUUUGGAAGUGAGGUGGAAGAACCGGCGGUGUUGGACUAUGUGUUUUUGGGGCGAGGGUGGACGGUGGAUGGGUAUGCGGUGUUGGCGAAUGGGUUUGACGAUGGGGUGUUGAUAUCGGAUCAUCGGCCUGUGGUGGUGGAUGUUCACCUGGGAUGAUAUAGCUAUGCUGGAC